AAACAGUGUCGGGAUUUUAAACGAUUGUGAGAUUAUAAACAAGGAAUUUGUGUAUUUCCCUUUUAAUAUACAUGUAUGUGUUGUUAUGACGUAAUUGUGCUGUCACAUUACAGGUGUAAUUUACCCAAAACGAGGCAUGCAAUACACAGCAUGAGGGAAGGAGUUUAAUUAGUAGGUACCCGGUCAUUUGGAAAACGUAAUACACAGUGAAAAUGUUUGUGUAUCGGACAUAAGUAGUGACAGUUUGUUUACAUAACAUGGCUUCAAGUUCAGUCAGUCAGGAAAGUCUGGACACCGUCGACUAUGAACAGAGUGCUCGAAAAAGUAAAAUCCGGUCUAUGCGGGCAAAAGGUGUCCUUCCACGAAGCAGUGAAAGAGAAGCUGACCCAAAUGAUAAGGACCAGAACGGAGAUGAAGGUUUCAGUGGUGAACAUGAAUCUCCCUCUCGUGGUGGGGUGGGUCGGGCAAAAGACAAAAGGACCAGACCCAGUCAUUUGAAAGGAAAGAUGGGCCUUAAAGACAAAAGAAAAUUACGUGAAAAGAGAAGAAGUACAGGUGUUGUACACCUCCAGUCAACAGAGAGCACUGGUGAUUCAUUAGAUGAUGAGGAUAUAGUGGAAGAGGGAACUGAACUUAAAACUGUAUCAGAAACUAAAAAAAAUACUUCAUAUAAUGAGGCUUUCUCAGUCGAGGGAAGACGACACAGAACUAAUGAUGUGGCACGUAAGGCGGCAUUGUACAAUGAAAGAGUAGAUGAUAAUCAGCCUCAAUCUCCCUCUGAUAGAUUUGGUGGCAGAAGUGCAUAUAAUGUGGUGAGAAAUAAAAGUCCUUCAGAUCUUGAGGCAGAUUUAGAAGAUAACCAGGACUACGACAGUACAGUCAGUCAUUCAGAAACCAACUUAUCUGUCAUUGGAAAAUCAGAAUCAACAGAUUCAAACACCUAUAGUCCAAAAACCUCUCGUCCUCCAAAUUCUGUAUAUUCUAGGAUUUCCCCCUCUGAUCCAACCUUGUCUUAUAAACCAAGUUCACCAAGGAACAAUCUUCUAUGGGAGUCACCACGGACGAAUAAACAAUCAUCUCCUUCAAGUGAUCAUGACACUCGAACAACUCAUACUGUGUUAAAUCGAUUCCCAUUUGCGGCUAAUCAAAACCAGAACAAAGAUUCAGAGCAAUCAAAUAAACCUAAAUCAUUUCCCUCGGUGCUUUCACGAUUUCCACAGUCAAAUCAUGACCAAGAGAACAAGUUACAGUCAAAUGUAGAAAAGGACAGUCAAAAACAGUCAUAUCAUGAUUCCAGUCAGUUUCGUUCCACGUAUCGUGACCUUGAUGGCAAAUCAAGGACACAUGAUGUGGAGACUAAAACCAAAUCUCCACCUUCAUAUCGUAGUAACCAUGGUAACACAGAAAACCAAACAGGAUCUCAUCACCGUGAAAAGUUCAUGGAGAAUUUGAAUAGUUCUAAUCAACGACGAUAUCCUCGACAUAAUUUUGAGGACUCUUCUUCCAAAUUGGACGAGGAAAGAGCAAAGUUCAAAGACGAAAAGACUAAGUUAGAAAAGAAACUUGAUGAUGAAAGAGAAGAAAACAGACAGUUGAAAUCUAUGUUAGAAAACAGAGAUCAGAAAAUUGUUGAGUUAGAACGAGAAAUUUAUUGUCUGAACAAGGAUCUUGAGGACUUAGACGAGGACUAUCAGAAACUACAAGUAGAGAAUCAUGCAUUGAUUAGAACAGUUUCACAGCUUAGUACAAGAGUUUGAUACCAGUUGAGGAAUCAGUAGAUAGAUAUCAGUUUACAAAGCAUAGACUUUUUUUCCUCUUUAUUAUGAAUCAGUGUCUGUCAGCUAUUUUAAGAUAUUUGCUUUUUAGUUCACCUGGCCCAAAGUGCCAAGUGAGCUUUUCUCAUCACUUGGCGUCCAUCAUCGUCUCUUAACUUUUACAAAAAUCUCCUUUGGAACUACUGGGCCACAAUCAUCAUUGGUUGGGGUAUUUAGUUUUAAAAAUGUGUCUGAUGACUCCGCCUGCCAACCGAGAUGGCCGACAUGGCAAAAAAUAGAACAUAGGGGUAAAAUACAAGUUUUGUCUAUAUUUUGAAAACCGUUAUAAAUAGAGAAAAUCUUAACGGAGCAAAAAUGCUCAGAAUGUUCAGCUCUACCAAUUGUUCACAUAUGUCAAAACUGUCAGACGACUUCUUUCAGGAGUUAUUGCCCUUAAAUGACAAAUUUUACCUUUUUUUUUCCUUUUUACCUAUUAUCUUGAAAACUAUAAUAGAUAGAGAGAAACUUUAAAUAGCAAAAAUGAUCAGCAAGACCAGUUCUUAUAAUAAGUCUUAUGGUUGAAAUCGUCAGUCAAUUCCUUAUUAGAGUUAUUGCCCUUUGAUGACGAUUUUUACCAAUUUUUUGUGUUUUUGCCUUAUAUCUUAAAAAUUAUAAUAGAUAAAUAGAAACUUGAAUGAGGAAAAAUGAUCAGCAAGACAAGAUCUACAAUUAAGAAACUAUGGAGGAAAUCAUCCGACGUUUCCUUAUUAGAGUUAUUGCCCUUUAAUGACGAUUUUCACCAUUUUUUUUUUCGUUUUGCCUUUUAUCAUAAAAAUUAUAAUAGAUAGAUAGACACUUUAAAUCACAAAAUUGAUCAGCAAAUCAAGAUCUACUAACAAGUCAAAUUUUGACGAUAUAGUUAGUAGACUGUUACUCUUUAUAGGAGUGAUUGCCCUUAGAUUUUUUGUACCCUCUUUUUUGUUUUGAGCAAAAAUUAAAGAAGAUACAGAGAAACUAAACAGACUAAAUGAUCAGCAAUUCAAGAUCAACAAGACAGAGAUUUUUGUCAUGAAUUCUAUUCUCGUCUUCAAUGUUGUAUAGUGCCCUUUGUUGAAUAUGCACAUAGACCAAGGCGAGCGACACAGGCUCUUUAGAGCCUCUAGUUAUGACUAGUUAUACAUGUAUCAUGUAUAUGAUAAUGUCAAUCAUAGAUUUUAGCAUGUUACCAAACUAUUGUCUUACUGGUGGAGAAACAGUCCAACAGCCUUAGGCUUUCAAUUAAUAUUGUGCUAAUGAGUAUCUCAUUGAUAGAUCAAUUAAAUAAAUGAAAGGUUUUCAGCAUGUGAGCAAAAUAUUUCCAUUCUUUCUCUUACGAACUCAAAGCAUCAUAUCAUAACUUCCAUGAAGAAAGGGAAGAUAGCUUAUUAACCUGUCUUUUUUCAAAUAUAAUAACUAAAAUCAAUUGAUUCAUUUUUGAAUGAUAUUUUUGAAUGAUUUUAAUCUCUAUCAUGAAUCUCUAUUAUGCUGUUUUAUUUCUAUUUUGUAAUAUUGUUUGAUAUUUUAUGGCAGUAACUUAUAAAUGCAUUUCAAGGUAUGCAUGUCCGUAUUUUAUGGUGCAGUAAUCAAUAAUGAUUUACUUGGCAAAAUCUGAAUUAUUUCUAAGUGAUAGAUCAACCAUAUUUGAUCAGUCUUUAAUGGUUGUAAGGUAUUAAUAACUCACUAACACAAUUUGUUUUACCUGGUUCAUUGUUUGAUGGGAAGUUUUUGUGAUUAUGUUGGCUUUUCAGAUGCUAAAAGUAAUAGACAUGUCUACUAUAUUUGGUGUAUUGAAUAAAGGUAAGGUGUAAAUUUCAAUCGGACAGGUUCAAUUGACCUAGACCUUAUUUUCAUUGGUCAGUUAUUACUGUUUUGUUAUAUCUGUGAAAAGGCUUUGAUCCUUAAACUUUUGAACAUAAAAUUCAGUUGUUAUUGGUAAUCAGGCAAGAUUUCAGCAUAUCAUUCUUUUUAUUUAUUUUUAUUUGUCAUCACAUUUUGGCAGACUUGAUACAUCUUCGACAUUUAAUCAAGCAAAAUCUUUUUGGAUUAGGACAUUUAUCUACUUGUGCAGGCCAGUUUUUUUUUUUGUGUUUUAUAAAAUGAUAUUAAGAUUCAAUAUCAUUUUUGAAUACAUUUACAUCAAAACCUACAAAUAUUUUACGAUUUUGUUUUUAUUAAUCAGAAUUGAGUGAAGAGGCAGUAUGAAAUUAAUUUUUGUGUUGUCAGAAGAUAAUUUUGUAAGGGUUGAAUGAACCCUUAUUUUGUAAUCUUUGACUAGUCAUUGUAACUGUCUCCUGUACAGUCAGAUUAUAGUCAUUCUGCUCUAUCAAACCAUCUUGUAUUAUUAAACAUAUUUUCUAUUGUAUUGUAUUUUAAGGGUUCAGUUGAUUGCUAUACAUGUAUUUGUUAUUAACAAAGAGGUGGAAAAUGCAUUUUAUUUGUUUUGAUUUAAAACAAUCAUAUUUUCAUUUUAUCGUGAACAGAUGGGGACCAAUAAGAUGUUCCUAUACACAUUCCAAAAACAUAUAUAUUAAUAACUGUGGUUCAUCAUGAUAUGUGGUAUAUCAAUUCUUGUGGAUUUGGUGGGUAAUGGGGGGAAAACCAUAAAUUUAAACACUCCACAAAAUACUAAUGUUCAGUUACUUUGAUUUGGAAAUGAUUUAACAACUAUCAUUUAAAAACCCUCCAAAUAAUCAUUUUUUUCCCCAGACCACGAAAAUUGAUACCAUUGAAAAUAAAUGAAUCUACAGUAUUAACUUUUUUAGGUUUAUUUAUAAAAUCAAUAUACAUGCAUCUAAUUAAUUACAUUGAUCAUAUUUUUAUUAAUAACAAUAGAGUUGGUCAGUAAGUAUUUACACCUUUUAAUCAGAAUAAGAGUAUUUAAGAGGAAGCUAAAUAAAUACCUGUAGAUUGAACAGAGAUUUAUAGAGGAAGCUCUGUAAAACACAAUUGUGGAUACGCCGGUAUCACACUGUUUAUUAUAUAGAAAUGUUUGUCAAUAUUUAUCUGUGCAUAUUUUACAUAAAACGUACCAUUUUUCCAUAUUAACCCCUCCAUCUACAAAAAAUAUAAAAAUAGGGUUGUUCAUUUAUAUUUUAGGCAUGACAAAAUGCCUAUAACAUUUUACCAAAAACAUUCGGAGCAUUAUUCUUUUUUGUUUUCAUUCUAAUUUGUAGUUAAGAUAUUUUUCAUUAUUUGGCUUUAAGCCUUAGGUAACAUUACAUAUCAAGGGGACAUAACUCCUGUAGGGUUAUUAGCUCUAGAACUGCCUUUAGAGAGUUUGCUACCUAGUAGCUUUCAGGGUCUAUAAUCUGCUCAUCAGAUGCUUAGCAAUUUUCAUUUAAUAAAUAGAAGUAGGAAUUAGACAUUUUACUCAGUGUUAGAUUUUCUUAUUGUUUACUUUGAUUUUACAUAUAAAAUUUGUUCAGAAUUGAGUGCUAUUUUGUUUUGUUUGCUUGUUUAAUUAACCUUCUUAGUAUUAGAUAGUAUUUUAUGUUGUUUCCUUUUGUGAAACUGAAAGAAUGAAUUUACAAUGUAUUUCUUAUUUUUCAAAUGUUUUUCAGCAAAAUAUAAAAGUAUUUAUUUAUCUACACAAUAUGAUUGUACUUUUUGGUUUACUUUGGUAAAACAGUGAAAGCUGAGAUACCGACCGUGCAAGACCCUCAUGGGUAGUCAAAAACCCCCAUCAUCAUCAACAAGCUGAGGUAUUGUUUUAAAAAAAGUUAAUAUAUUGUUAUUAAUAGGACCAUUUCCAAAACAAUAUUUGGAAAGUGUAAGUUAAACUACAAUUAUUUGAUCAUACAAUGGAGAGUAACUCCAAAUACACAGAUUUUAGUCCAAAUACAACUUAAAAUUUAAAUUAUUAAAAGAAACAGUUUUGGUGUUGAUCUGAGAUUUUAAAAAAAAGUGUUACAUUAAACCUGAACUGCUGUUAUUUUUAAUGUAACAUAUGGCUAUUUGAGUGUCAGUCUGCUGUGAAAGUACUUUUCUGUAUACUUAAUUUGUUUUGUAAUUUCUUUGUACAGUCCUUGGUGUUCAUUUCCAUAUUUUCAUACCUUGCACAGAUUUUCAGUGAAUGACAAAAGCAAUUAGCACUUGACAAAUAAUAAAACCUUAACAGUGUGUAAAUUGAACAUUUGAUAUUGAAAAAUUUAGUAUAAGUCGUAUACCAGCAUAUGAUUUUAAAUUGAUUUUUUUUUUAAUCUAAAAUUUCUUUAAUAAAGAAAUGAUUAACGCAAGUA